CCUUUUUCUUGUUACUAAUCCUGUCUGUUUUGUAAACUGCGUUACCCACAUUUCUACCGAUAUUAUGGUUAUUUAACCUCUUGGUAACUUUUAUUUUAAACCCCGUGUGGUUACGUGUCCGCCUGACUUGGCGUUUUUAUAUAAACACGGCGGUGACAGCUGCUAGCUAAUUAGCUUGCCAUGCUAGUUCGUCGUGAAAAUCAACAACAUUCCUGUCCGGAUUUAUUAGCCAGUUAGCUAAAACUUAAACUAAGGACAGCACAUCUAAAAGAACAAAGAGUAGGCCGGAGAGAAAAGGACAGGAUGUCUAUUCAGUACGAGGACCCCACGUUAGCGGGCAGUUAUGAUGCUGUGGGGUCGUUUCCCAAAAGUUUUGGGUACGGGGCAGAGGAGCAGGAUCUGGAGGAUAACUGCUCCACAUCAGCUGACAAACCCAGGAUCCUGCUGAUGGGACUGAGGCGCAGCGGGAAGUCAUCAAUUCAGAAGGUUGUUUUCCACAAGAUGUCCCCCAACGAGACGCUGUUCCUGGAGAGCACCAACAAAAUCUACAAGGACGACAUCUCCGGCAGCUCCUUUGUCAACUUCCAGAUCUGGGACUUUCCUGGCCAGGUGGACUUCUUGGACCCCACGUUUGACAGUGAGAUGAUCUUCAAGGGAACGGGCGCUUUGAUAUUUGUCAUUGAUGCUCAGGAUGACUACGUCGAGGCUCUCGAGCGGUUGCAUCUCACCGUAUCCAGAGCCUACAAAGUGAAUCCAGACAUCAACUUUGAGGUGUUCAUCCACAAAGUUGACGGUCUGUCAGACGACCACAAAAUAGAAACACAAAGGGAUAUUCAUCAGAGGGCCAACGAUGAGCUGGCAGACGCUAACCUGGAGAAACUGCACCUCAGGUGAUUAGCUGCAAGAUUUAGCUGUAGAACUAGUGU